AUGCCAAGAAGUACACGCAACUCGAAAGCUACAGCAGCAGAUGUGGCAGCCACCAAUGGCACUGCAGGCGGCAAGUCGGAGUCGCUCCUGCAAAGAGCAAACGAGGCCGACGAGAAUGUCUUCCUCUUCGUCCCCAACUUGAUAGGAUAUGCCCGCGUCAUCCUCGCCGCGCUUUCGCUUUACUUUAUGAAGGGCAACCCCAAGGUCUGCACGCUUCUUUACGGUGUUUCGUGUCUGCUCGAUGCCUUUGACGGCAUGGCUGCGAGGGCGCUCGGUCAGUCGACAAAGUUCGGCGCUGUUCUCGACAUGGUCACCGACCGCUGCACCACGGCGUGUCUGCUUUGCUUCUUGACCGCCGCCUACCCACGAUGCGCUGUCAUCUUCCAGGGCCUCAUUACACUCGACUUCAGCUCGCACUACAUCCACAUGUACAGCUCGCUCGUCACCGGGUCCACCUCGCACAAGAUCGUCACCUCGGACGUUUCCAAGAUCCUCUGGUACUACUACAACGACAGCAGGACGCUCUUCAUGUUUUGCGCCGGCAACGAGCUUUUCUUUGUUUGCCUCUACCUCAUGGACUUUUACAAGAGGCCGUUUGGGCUGGACAUCGAGCCGCUGCUCUUCCUGUUUCCCUCCGCGCUCAAGGCAUCGCCGUGGGUCGCGUAUGUCAUCAAGCAGGCACCGCAGCUUAGCUGGCCGCAGAUCGUGGGCGCGAUCACUUUCCCUAUCUGUGCUGCCAAGCAGAUCAUCAACUGUGUUCAGUUCUGGAAGGCUGCCAAGGUGCUCGUGGGCAAAGAUCUCGAGGAACGUCACAAGGCUCGCACCAAGUCGCUUUGA